AUGGUUUUGCCAUCCUCCAAACGGCGAAAGACGGAGCCACCCUCAGAGUGGUUGCUGGCAGGACCAGAUGACCUGGAUGUCGGCACGGUGGUGAUGUACGAGGCGGAGGACGGCUUCCGGAGGGGCAUCAUCUACGACACCUUCGAUGCAGUGGACAACUACUGGGUGGAAGACGAGGAGACCCACAUGGUGGUCCGGGACGCCUCCGACGCGGUGGUGGAUUUCCAGUCUAAACAGCUGCAUGUGGCCAAACCCGAGUGGUUGCGGCAGUUCCUGCUCGAAGAGGGUGAGGAACAGACCGCACCGGACGAGCUCCCCAACGUGGGUGUCUUGCUGAUCGGCACCAAGGAGCAGAUGGCCCAAAUCCAGAAGCAUUUCGGACCAUCCAGCACUGAGGAGCGCACCACACCGCAGCAGCUGCUGCCAGUCCCCUGCGCCAGCUGCGUGGAGGGUUUGGCACGCUGUGCAGCCGAAGGAGUGGAUAAAGGCUUGCGGGAAUUGGGCCAAAGCUUCCGCAAGGACAUCAGCGUGGCGGUGAGGGUGGCUUACUUGAAGCAAGUGAUGCUGAAGCUGGCAGAGGAAGGUCUCAAGAAACUUGAGGAGUACUUCUGCUUGGCAUCAGUGCAUUUGCCCUUUGAUUGGGACAGCAUCAAAGAAGUCGAGGGUGAGGAGGCCCGCAAAAGGAGAAACCUUUGGAAUCAGAUCGACCUUUGCAUCACAGCGCAGUCCGAGGCUCAGAGCCCAACUGAGUCGGUGCUGCACAACGCGCGCAUUUGUCUAGCUGAGCACUGCGGGCUCGAGGUCUCUGACCAUCUCUGGGAAGAGGAGGUACAACUUGAGAUGCGGCGCAAGCUUCAAGUGCCAAACUUGCCGGUGAGAUUGCAGGACGCCUUAGGCGUGGAGGUCUUUCUGCUGGUGCUUCCCAGCAAUGCGACAGUGACCUUCAUCAACGGUGCGCUUUGCUUUGGAGAGGACCCCGCCGAGCCACCGUGCCGCGCGCGAUCAAGCGCACGCUGGCACGAUCCACACGCUGUGCCUCGCACCCGGCAUCGCACCGCUGGUCCAUACCACCAGGCCUCGGUGCUCGAAGUGGCUGGAGCUGGGGCUGGUGCCGAUGAGGCACCGAAAGAAGAUGCUAAGACACAGCCGGCAUUGCAAGACAAGACGGUGCGGCAGUGGGAAGCGCUCCAGUCAUCCGAGUUCGCGCAUUUGCCGCGGCUGCCAGCCCCGUGGCUGAGAGUGCGAUCGAGGAGCGACGGAGGCAUCUACUUCUACAACAAGGAGACGCGGAAGGCCAGUUUUGUCGAACCACGAGCACCUGCCCCACAUGCGCCGCUUGCGCCGCCUCGGCCGGCACCUGAACCUGUGGCAACUACUACACCAGUGCCGACACCGGCAGCAACAUCAAACAAUUCUUUGCCGCCAGGUUGGACGCAGCACACCUCCAAAAGCAAUGGGAAGGUUUACUACUUCAACAAGGAGAAGAACGUGUCGAGCUACUACUUUCCGCGCUCCUGA